AUGCAAAAGGUUUCCUUCAUCUUCACCAUCAGAUCCAAGCCCGAAGUCGCGGACCGAAUUGAUCUGCCUAAGGAGCUGACCAACCAAGUUGUUUUGGUCUUCAACUCUCUAAGUCAACUCGUCGACCAGGAAAUUGAGAUCUACUUGACUUCUUGGAUCAAUGUGAGAGAAUUGUGUGGAGCCAAGUUACACGCAACCUUGGGUAUGCCUGGGAGCCACGGACAUCAAGCGUGGUGA